AUGGCUACUGAGAAGAUGAAGAACAAACUGCUGGAAGAUGAGGAGGGUGACAUGGAUGCAGCCGAUAUAGGAAAAAUAAGCUACAUGGAAAGAUGUUUAUCUACGUUGAAAGAGGCCUUAGUGCUUAGACAUUUUUUAAUCUUCUACUCAAAUCCACUACCUUUUGUAAGAAAAAAACAUGAGGUCAUUGUUUAUCAACCUAAAGAAGUUCUGAAUCCCUCUUCCAAAGUAACGAAUUGUUGCAAACCGCUGUGGUGAAAGAGCUUUCAGAAAGCAUGCAUGACCAGACUUGUCAGCAACCAGUCACUCUCGGCUAUGGCAAGAAAACCAGAUCACAAUCUACCUUCUCAGUCCAAGGAUAAUAGCAUUGGCCAGAACCAUAACCAGGAAGAAAUAAUCCCCAAGUUGGCCAUGCAGCUAAGAAACAUUGGGGACACCAUCAAUCGUAGGAUGGUUCAUGAGGAUCUUCAACAAGAAGGCAGAGAUGCAUUGGCUCGUUUUGUCAUAUUUUUCUUUGGAGGAGUUGAUAGGUUCCUGCACUUCCUCUGGAAUAACCAUUUGAUGUAA